GCGCUUAAAAAAUAGGUUCAUCCUGCUAAUGAAGCACUUAAAAAUGAAUUACAUAUGAGAAGCAAUUUCUCUGAGGAUAAAAAAAUUUUAAAAGAGGUUGUUUUUCUCAUGCUGUCACUGUAGUCUGCUUUCUCUGACCAGAUUAACAUGUCUCACUCUACCUUUGGGCUUCUUUUACAGACAACUUUUUAAUGAGAGAUCAACAGGCUUGUUUUUUCCUGAAGUGCAUCCCUUACACCUUCACACCUGUAAAGAAUCGAUUUUUCUGCAUGAAAUGAAAGGGCAAACACAUCCUGCUACCAGUUUUGACUCUGUAGAGUGAUGUAGCAUAUAAUCUCUAUUAUUUUUCCUGCAAUUUGUUAGUGACUGUUGCUAGGUAAUGCCUUUUCCACUAAGCAUCAGUGAGCUAAUGUGAGGGCUUUGAGAAUGUUUCAUUAUAUAAUUAAGCCCUUGGUGGUGCUGAUUUCUACUUUACACAAGUCUCGUAUUUUUUUCAUGUGAGCAAAAAAAAAGUUGUUAUGGAAUUACACAUGGGGCCACAAAAAGCACCACUGAAAAGCCAGCACAAUUUUUUGGGAACAUUACUGUGUUCUGCUUGCUUUUAUCAUUAGUUACACACAGUUAUCCGCCACCCAACACGGUGGCAUCUAGCUGGACUCUGUGUUGUUUAGGUGAAAACAUGACAAAUACAUGGAACAUACGACCCAUGGGAAGUAUCAGUAGACCCCAAAUCUCUCUCUGGACUCCAUACUCCAUUAAACAAAUGUGGUCCCUUUGUUCUGACAUCUGGACACUUAGUCUAACAGUGACCUUUGCUUCCCAGGGACAGGACUGAGAUACAGAAGAGCUACUUCAAGAGGAUGUGACUGGCUGGACGGAAAGUGAGAGUGAAGAUUUUCCCCAAGAUCUUCAGACAUGUGAUCCUCAAGGCUGGUGGUGGCAUCAAAGAGCACCUGAUAUUUCUUGGGACUUGGACCUUCAUGGUUCACUAUGAGGAGGAGAUUAUGGAGUCAAAUGUCCUUUACUGAGAAAGCCCUGGCUCCGGAUCCAUAAAUAAGUCACCUUUUAUCCAGCUUGUCUAUAUCUGUGCCGUCUCCAGCGCAGAGGGAUGCUGUCAUCCUGGGCACUGCAGCAGACCUGCACUGACACAGAGACGCAUGGAGGAAAAGUCAUCUAUGUUGUGUAAUGACUGGGAAAAAAUAAAGGAAAAAAAUAAAAGCAGGUGAAAUGUUUUAAAUGAAGUACAGAACUGUAAGGAAUAUAUUCAAAUGUAUAAUUUCCUGAUCAUUAUAAUGUUUGCUGAGUGAAAGACUUUGGAAGGGCUUCUACAGAAUCACUUCCCUGGAUUUCAGCAGCUGCCUUUGAGAAGAGUCUGCAAAAAUGCCAAAAGCCCUGUGUAAUCAAAGGGAAGCUUUUUCUCAAAGCAGACGUUGCUUUGGUGCACUGAAUUGAACAAAACAAGACCAAAUGAAACCAGAUAGUGCUGAGCACCAGGUCCUGGCUGCUUGGUAGAAGUCACUUGGCAAUUUUACAGAUGCUGAGAGUUUCAAACUUCAGUCCAUAAGGUGUCUUCUGUAAUAUAAGAAUUUAUCAACUGGCUUUCAUAGCCACAGAGAUGAGGAAACUGAGACACUGUGAAAUUAAAAGCUUGGGGAAAUUAGUACACAGUAAAUUACGGUGUGAAUUUACUGUGUACUAACCAGCCUGCACAAACUCAUCAUGUGGACUGGCAAAGAAAAAGGAUUAAACUCCCUUAAAUUAUCUCACAUUUGCCAUGGACAGACAGUUACCAUGGAUCAGCUGACACGUGGCAACUUCUGAACCCGCAGCCAGUCGUUCGCACGGUGAAUCCCCUCGGAGGAGAGCAGAAGAUUCGCGCUGAGCAGCUAAUCCGCUGCAACUUUAUGCAAGAGUUUAUUAGCCUCUAAUUUCCCCAGCUGGCCAGAUCCUAAGUGGUUUGCCUAAAAAAUCGCAGAAAUCUCCAGCAGAACUCAAAGAAAGACUUGUGUGUCCUCGCAGCAUUGAAAGCAGGAGCUGUGAGUUAAAAGCAAAAUAUCAGGAGGAAAUAAACUUUGUCCUUUUUGAAGGAUGGAGCAUCUGCAGGAUGUGUCCAGGCAGCGUAUGGGUUAAACUGCUGAAUGAGAGUGGUGAAAGCAAAAGCAGUGCCACUUCUGGAGAGCAGAGCCAGCGGACAUGACCACCACAAACCUGGUUGCUGUUCCCUAGCCCUGAUGGAGACCUUGGGACUCAGGAGGCCACCGACACGAGCGAAAGGGUGCAGCAUGAGACCUAUGGCGAGGAAAUCCCGGGCUGCUGCUAUGUGUGAUGAGGAGAGAAAGAUCUGCACACACGAGGGAGGUUGGCAAAGAGCUACCACAAACAUGAACCUCACGGCAAACCGGCUGAGCAAGGAGCUGCCCGCAGAGACACCCGGAGACAGCGACGUGGAAAUGUGGGAUGUGGCACCUUGUGACUACGAGGAAACCUGGGCAUGGACGCCUCCUGCUGAGCCCCAGCUGCCACAGCCACUAAUGCAUCCCACUGAACCUAUGGAUGCUCCUCAGUGCCCGAGACUGGCACAUCAGCAAGAAAAGUUUUCUUCCUGGGAGAAAUACAAACAUCAAGACAAGAGGAGUCAAUGUGGCCCGUGCAAACUCUCCCUGACAUGUACUCAAGGAUCAGAUAUCUCACAGGCUGGGGAUGAAAUCUGCCUGGAGGACCUGCAAAGUCCGGUCCCUGCGCUCCCCUCAGUGUGUUAUGGCUGUGAACAUCGCCUGUUCCUCAGAGCAGCUUUUAAGUGUGAGUAUUUGCCUCAGGAAGAACAAAUACACACCAUCAAACAACAUAACUAACUAACAAGCCCUCAGAGACCAGCAGCUCCCAAAAUCAGCACUCACUGAAACUUCACUCGUUUGGAUUCAAAGGUACCUGGAUGCAUCACACUUGAGCUAAAGAAACAGCACAUUCGUGGCAUGUACUUCCUUAUUUAUUUAUUUUCCAGUCUCACAUAUGCCUACUUUAGCUGAUCUCUAGCUAUCAAAUUGUGAUGGAGCAAAAGUAAUAAAAUGCCAGUAGGAUAGAAAAUACAGCCUGAAGUUCUCCCAUAGCUCAGCCAGACCUAGAAGAUGCACAAUUCAAUUAAGAGAAAUACAAAGUUUUUAUCUCUUCACCUUGCCAUUUUCCCCUUCUCUUCUGUGUAUUUCAUAUAUCCAUGUAUAUAUAUAUAUAUAAAAAUAAAUACACAUACGCACGCGCAUGCACGCACAAACCCACCCCUCCCCUUUCCAAUCCUUCCUUUAAGGUUUAAUUUAACAAUAACAUUUGCGAUCGGGGUCCUGAGCAUCUCAAGGGCAUUGCGCUUGAAAUUGCACACACUCCGCACCAUUUAUCAUAGCCUGACAUGUGUCAUGUUCCAGACUGCAGCUCCAAGAGGUUACAGCUCACGACUGCUCCUUUGUUGAUCAGCUGCCGAGACAACUGAGGCACCUUUCUUUCUUUCUUUUUCCUUUCUUUUUUUUUUUUUUUUAUUUUAUUAUUAUUAAAGCUGCAUCAUACUCUUUUCAGAGGGUUCUUUCUGACACAAUAGGGAAAGCAAACGAAUUCUUCUGCUCUCUCUGCAGUCUCCCUGCCCGAUCUUCAUCAGCUCCAAUUCAGAUCACAUUUACCUUGGGUGUGAUAAGAUAGUCUGUGCUGGUUAAUAUUAUUGCUUAAUAUUGACUGUAAGAUGGAAAAACUGUUUCCAAGGUAGUUCUCUGCCUGAGGAGAAGAACAGGGUGGUGUUAACUACUAAGGAUAUUGGGGACAGUCCCAAAGUGCUUUCCUGUUGCAAAAUCCAGACUUGCCAAGCCAGUGACCUUCUUCCAUUGCUGAACUUCUCUUCUUCAGAGCUUUUGCUUCAUCUACUCCACCCCUUCUCCUUCACUUCCUUCAUGCCUUACAGAGUUCUUGCUGAAUGCCGAGCACCUGAGACCUGCAUGUAUCUUUUAAGAAAUGAUACGUACAGCAAUUCAACAAAGCAGGCUGUUUAUAAAGCAUAUUGACAAGAGCCACUGAAUUGCAUUCAUAAAUCACCUGUAGAUCUUCUGCCAGCCUUCAUCCUGCCCAUCAGCAUUUGUAUAGGGUAUGGGUAUGAAUGUCACUGCAAUGUAAUGUGUGAAGGAUGCAAGGUACUAUUGACAGAAAAAAUAUGGUAUUCAAAUAAAGGUCUAAGAUUUGAACAAAAACAGACUUUACCUUGUAUUUUUCUGAUUUCUAAAGAACGUUGGCAAGUCAGGUGAACUAUUGAUUUAUUUUUUAAACAUUUAUAAUGAAUAUGACUUGGAGGCAAGCAAUGUAGAGCUAGAGCUGAUUUCUCCAUUUCCUCUCCCUGUUUUCACGUUCAGCUCUGUCCUGCAAGACUUCAAGCGCAGAUGUUGAGGUCCCAAAGUCUGGCUGUGUUUUGGAAUGAUAUUUGAUCUUUCAGAUUCCUAUUCCCCUCUGAGCUCUAGAUCAUGCGAUGUUCAUCACCACCUGUUAGCAUCAAGCACAGCCUUUGCAGACACAGUUGGAGUUGCCUUACUUUCUCUCACUCUCUUGAGCUCUUGUUGAUGGAUAUUUUUGGAGGUUUCCUUGGUUUAGAGGCUUUUGAUUCCUCAGAAGUGCCAGAUGGGAAAGCUCAACUGCUACCACCAUGAGGUCACACACCUAUUAUGUUCACAAAUGGAGGGUUUUGUUGCCAUUGACCAGCAAGAUUCCACACUCUAUUUAUGUGUUUGCCAGUGCCACAUGUCUUGAACCUUUUUGUCUUCCCAUUCAGCAUGUUCCUCUUAAGCAGUCUCACCAGAACAUUGCCUUGCUAUCUGAAAGAUGGCUCAUUUUCUCUCCCUUUCUCAAGAGGAGGAAAGUCCAGUUUCCUGACCGUAGCCAAGUACCCCCACAUUCACAGCAUCCUCUCUGAGCUGCUCCUGGGCUGAGCACAGAGCCAGCUCCCUGCCGCCUGCGAUGCACGUUCCCUUUGCAUUGCUGUUGGCGUUCCUGACCUUGACUCAUGCUUGAUCCCUGCCCUCCCCCUCUGCCAGCAUCGAGGCACCUGCCCAGCUCUGCAGGGAUGAUGUAGUGCCACCAGCUGGGAUGGCGUAAAGCAACGGCAAGGACUCAGCCAACUUUCAGUCACAUAACUCUUCCCUGUCCUGGGAAACGUGACCACCUGCACAGUCUCACCUUCCCCCACGCUAAAGGAUGGAAGAGGUUUAGCAAAAGUAGGACAAAGCACAGAGCACAGCCAUGCAGAAAGGCUGAGACCACCAGAAAUGCUGCUGUUCCAUCAGUUUGCCACCCUAAGCAACGGCCUGCCUUUGUUUGCCUGAUGCUGCCAUUGCUCCUAGAAUCAUAGAACAGUUUGGGUUAGAAGGGAGAUCCAAAACUCAUCUAGUCCAACCCCUGCUAUGAGCAGGGACAUCUUCACCAGCUCAGGUUGCUCAGAGCCCUGUCCAGCCUGGCCUGGGAUGUCUCCAGGGAUGGGGCAUCCACCACCUCUCUGGGCAACCUGGGCCAGUGUUUCACCACCCUCAGUGUAAAACAUUUCUUCUUCAUGUCUAGCCUGAAUCUUCCCUCCUUUAGUUUAAUCCUCUGUCCUGAAGCUUUAUGCUGCUGGACUGUACAGUCUUGAAUGAAUAUAAUAUUUCCCCACAACUCCCAGUGAGACUUACUGAGGAUAUCUAAGAGGCUGUGCCCAGAGCGUGCCUGUGUUUCAGUCUCUUUUUAAGGCAGCUGUUCCCAUGAUAGCUGCUACGGUGUUUUAAUUCCUAGCUCCAGCUUGCAGAGGGGCCAGCCUAGCCCCCAGCAGUUUUAAAUGGAAGAUGAAUAAUUUUAAGGGUACUUUGCGGAUUUGUAAGAAGGAAGUAGGGAGGCUGCACAAAGUAAAAGAAGAAGACUGCGUGCUAUAGUGAAAAACAAAAAAAGCCCUUGACUUUCCUGCUCCACCAAGAGAUAUUCCAAUCCUAAUGCUGCUCAGAAACAGAGUCCCUUUGGGCUGGGAGCAAGGAUACACAGAUAUCUAAGCACAACAGAAAAGUGACAAGGAAAGCAGCACAUAUCAGGCAAGCGGUCAGUGUUUCAGCCAAGACCGUCCCCUGAAUAUUUCAGCCACGAAGUAGCGCUAAGAGUGGGUUCAGAAUUGGCUGAACAUCCUGGUCUCCCUGUGGAAGGAAAUACAGCUAGAGCAGCCUCUAUUUAUUGGGAUGGCAUUGGGGGAUGCUGGAAGUUAAUUGGCUCCUGGUACAUGUGAAGAAUAAAAGUAACCUUGGGUCCCUCUGUUAAUAAGAAAAGGAGAUAACCACCGAGCCAGGCAACAUAUAAAUAAGAGGAGAACCAAUAAUGACUUAAAAAAAGUAUUUAAAUGCAAUCAGGCAGAGCUGCCUGAGAUAUCAGAGGAAAGAAUAAUGACAUGUGUACAGUAGACACAAUGUAGAUUACAAUUUAUAACAGGAUACAGGAUGGAGCCAGCACUUGAUUAGGGGACCAUGUUACAAAUUUUUCAGCAUAUGUCCUCUGUUUUUCUUUGCCUUGGCAUAGAAGGCUGGGCACUGCUGGUAAGUAAAUCAGGCCGUCAGAAAAUGCCCAUGUUGAUGAGAAUUGCAGGAUCCAAGGAAAUUGACUUGUAUUUUAGACAAUUCUGCCACAUCCAUUCUUUGCCCAGAAUUGUCAGCUGGGAAAGAGUUGUGUCUGCUUACAGCUUUAAUCAGAGAUAAAAAUCAUCCCUAGUUCAUGAACAUGUUUUUCAUGCAGAUAUGUCAAUGGCAGAGAAUAGCUUCUCAGCAUACAGUUCUGCAUGUCUUGCACUAAAACAUGUCAUAUACUGAAGUGUUUUGUUCUCUGGAUAGCACCCUCAUACUCAACUCACUGUCUGGACACAGAGCCUGGGCGAGGGGAAGUCCUCCAGAAGGAAACACAAGGAGCUUCUGCUGUUGAGCUUGUAGGAUCUUAGAGCUCCUUGGACGUAUGCUUGCUGUGCCUUGGCUGCAUAUGAAACAUUCGCCUGAUUGCCAGGAGGGAAAUUCUCACUUGGUCUGAUCACAAAUGCUGCUGGGGCUUCUUGCAUCUCCCUCUGUGGCUGAAGGCUUGGUCUCCCUCCUGGAUGUGCUCACAGCUGUGUUCUCUGCUGUUGUCCAGACCCAACACUUCAGCACGGCUCUUGACCAUUAAAACCAGUAAGUUGAGCUCUGCCAUGGGGUGGGGGAAGGUUGCAAUGUGCUGUUUCUUGUGAAUAGUCACCUUAUGAUAAAAGGAAAAGGUCUUCAUGAUUAAUCUUUUCUGCUUCUAAAUGUCUUUUCCAUGCCAGCUUGGUAAAACCACAACCCUCAGAGUACCCUAAAUUAAAGCAAGCAACACCAGAACAAUAAAACCAGGAAUGUGAAUGGCACUGUAGCAAAACAGAGAGCAAAUGGCUGACAAGGGAUGUUUACAUGUCCUAUGGUGUUAUUUUGGCUGCUCUGCUUGUCCAAAUCCCCCUAGAAAACAAAGAAAUCACAAGCAGCUGAAUGAAGUCUCCUUGCAGGGCAGGGCAUGCCGGAUCCCAGUGUGUAUGUGUAUAUACCGCGUGGGUAUAUCUGUGUGUAUGGUGGGAAGGAGGGGAGCUUGUCACUGUGUUUUCUCUUCUAGACAGGCAUAAACACCCCUGUUUAUUUCCAGCAUGCCAUCUAAAUUCAAAAUUAGCAUAAGCUGAUGAUGUUAAUUGAUUUAUAUGCAUGCAGGCGGUGCUUUAUCAAAGGUAGAGGGACAUAGUCUUUCCCCUGAGGGCCUCUGGGGAACAAGUAUCCAUCUGAGAUAAUAUUGAGAUUGGCAUAGCUGGGUAUAUAACUACUUCUAAGUAUGAAGAAAUUGAGUUCUUUGUCAUUAGCAAAAAAACCCAAUUUUCCUAUUAAUAUUGUAAUUCUCCUUUUAAUAAAGACUGCCCUCAUUGAGGUCUAGGAAAGAGCCCUCCAGGUCCAUCAAGGAGUGGCCUGGGCUGCAGCUGGCAGGCUGGCUGCCUUCCCAGAGAAGGGAAAAGUCACGUUGAACUGGCCAUCUGAGCAAGGCUCUCAGAAUUUUGUUCCCUUCAGGUCAAUCUACCGCAGCCACUGUGGAAAUAUCGCAACACUUUCUUAGAGGAGGUCAGUGAUGACACCGAGACAGUGGGGACCAACAGGCACUUCUCCAAUUUCUAAGGAAAUUUCUUGAAAAUAUUUGCCCAGUUUCCCCCAGAUCUGUUCCAAGAGCAGAGCCAGAAGAGGACCUUGGUUUGCAAGUGGCAAAGGAGGGAAAAUAUGUCCCCUCUUGCACUCCCACCACCUUAGAAGUGGAGGAAAGGAGAGGUGACAGACACUAUUAUACUGCACUUAAAAAGUCUAAUUAUUGCUACUGUUUUUCACCAUCUAUUUAAAAAAACCUUUAAUUUUUGUUAAUCAUGAAAAUGGGUUAAUCUGAACUGAUUUUGUUUCCUUUUACUUUUUCCUUUUUUUCUUUUUUUCUUUUUUUUUUUAUUUUUCUGGGUAGGUUUGGGGGAAACAGAAGUGAAAUCCACCUGUAAAAAGUGUUUGUUUUCCUUUUGUAAGCAAACCUUCCCUGGCUGACAACCUGGGAAUUUUGCCCUCCCUAAUGGGAGCUGCAGUAUCUGGUUGCUGUCUGACUAAGCAGGAUCUCACUGAGGCCACCUUUACACCAAACAAUCUCAAGCAUCAGAGACCAUUGCUUUGAAUUCAAUGGCUCUGCUGGUGCUAGAAGAGGAUAUUGGAAACCUAGUUUCAAGUCACACCUUUCAGGUAAUAAGCAGUAAUGAACAGAAGAAGAGAGGAAGUGGGAGGCUUAUAGGAUUUAAAGAGUUUCUAUUGAAAAUGGAAUCCACCCCACUGCUGAUGGCCAGAUGCUGACGUGUGUCUGGAGAUGUGCACAUGAAGCAGGGUGUAAAGCUGUUAGCGGUGGUUUAUGGCAACAGACUAUCUCCUGUCAAUGAAAAGCAGGUUAGGUAAACUUUUCACGUGUCUGGAAGUGAACCUUUUCAUUUGUGCACAGCCCUCGUUUGACCCAACUAUUUCACAUCAUUACCAAUUACUUUGUCCGUACGUAUCGAACUUCCUUCUUGUGCUUUAUUGGUUUCUGCUCUUGCUGACCUCUUCCAGCAGUUUACUUUCAAACAUCCUGAAAGCUUCAUCACAACUCUUCAGCACACCUCACCCAGGGCUGAGAUUAAAAGUUAAAAAAGAGAAAGAGUGAACACAGCAGAAGAGAAAACAGAAGAGCUUUUGGCAGCAGGCUGGUGACACUCUGGGAUGUCUUUGGGAUAACAGAGAUCAGCAAACAACUUAUGAUCCAGAAAGGAAACAGCAGCACGAGCAACAGGACUCUUGUUCCAUGCUCCUGAUGAUGGUAUGUUGAAAAAGGUUUAUCAUGCAACUAAUUUGGUAAUCACCAGUUAGCAAAUGCACUCAUUGCCACCUACCUGGGUGAAUCAGAAGGUU